GCUGCGCACGCAGCGGUUGUCUGUUGGUCGGGCCGGGUGAGCUCGAGCGAGCGACUGAAGCGGCGCGAGGAAGGUUUGAGGUGAACGGCCGGACAGCCAUAUGAGAGCGGCUACUCUGCGGAGCUCCGAUAGGGAGAUGCCUACAAAUAGGGACAGUAUGAUGUCCUACACGGCGGAGAAUCACCAUCAGGUCCGGAUGAAAGCCUAUUACAAAGGGGACAUCAUGAUAACGCACUUUGAUCCCUCCAUCACAUAUGAAAAUCUUUGCACUGAAGUCCGUGAUAUGUGCAGCUUUGACAAUGAGCAACUCUUCACGAUGAAGUGGAUUGAUGAAGAAGGUGACCCUUGCACUGUCUCAUCUCAGCUGGAGCUCGAGGAGGCAUUUCGGUUAUAUGAGCUGAAUAAGGAUUCUGAGUUGAUCAUUCAUGUGUUUCCCUGUGUACCAGAAAGACCAGGAAUGCCCUGUCCUGGGGAAGAUAAAUCCAUCUACAGAAGAGGUGCGCGGCGUUGGAGAAAGUUGUACUGUGUAAAUGGACAUACUUUCCAAGCAAAAAGAUUCAAUAGGCGAGCACAUUGUGCAUUUUGUACUGAUCGGAUCUGGGGCCUCGGCCGUCAAGGCUAUAAGUGCAUCAACUGUAAGCUUCUCGUCCAUAAGAAAUGUCACAAAUUGGUUACAAUUGAGUGUGGACGUCAUGCUAUCAGCACACAUACUUCUCAUUAUCCUUGGGGAAGUGGUGAUCAGGAGCAUAUGAUUCCAGGUGCUGACAAUGCAGAAAGUAUUGCCCCAGUUAUUCCGUACAAAUCUUCCAGCCAAGAAAACCUGGAUCAUGUUGGUGAGGAAAAAGAGGCCAUGAGCAGCAGGGAAAGUGGAAAAGUUCCCACCAGUUUAGGUGUUCCAGAUUUCGAUCUAAUCCGUGUCAUUGGAAGAGGUAGCUAUGCUAAAGUCCUCCUCGUUCGACUGAAAAAGACAGAGCGCAUUUAUGCAAUGAAAGUUGUGAAGAAGGAACUGGUUAAUGAUGAUGAGGAUAUCGAUUGGGUACAGACAGAAAAGCAUGUGUUUGAACAGGCAUCAAAUCAUCCUUUCCUUGUAGGAUUGCACUCCUGCUUCCAGACCGAGAGCAGGCUAUUUUUCGUCAUAGAAUAUGUGAAUGGUGGAGAUUUGAUGUUUCAUAUGCAGAGACAACGUAAGCUUCCAGAAGAGCAUGCCAGAUUUUAUUCUUCAGAGAUCAGUCUGGCCUUAAACUAUCUUCAUGAACAUGGGAUCAUUUACCGAGAUUUGAAACUGGAUAAUGUCUUGCUGGACUCUGAAGGACAUAUUAAACUAACAGACUAUGGAAUGUGUAAGGAAGGCCUGAGGCCUGGAGACACAACCAGCACAUUCUGUGGUACUCCCAAUUACAUUGCUCCAGAAAUUCUCAGAGGAGAGGAUUAUGGUUUCAGCGUGGAUUGGUGGGCACUGGGAGUACUGAUGUUCGAGAUGAUGGCAGGCCGAUCACCUUUUGACAUAGUGGGAAGCUCAGAUAAUCCAGAUCAGAAUACGGAGGAUUAUCUCUUCCAAGUCAUUUUGGAAAAGCAAAUCCGUAUUCCACGCUCCCUCUCUGUCAAAGCUGCUAGUGUAUUAAAAGGAUUCCUCAAUAAGGAUCCUGCAGAGCGGCUUGGAUGCCACCCACAGACAGGAUUUGCUGACAUUCAGGGUAAUCCUUUCUUCCGCAAUGUAGACUGGGACUUGAUGGAACAGAGGCAAGUUAUUCCACCCUUCAAACCGCAUAUUUCUGGUGAAUAUGGACUUGACAACUUUGACUCCCAGUUCACCAAUGAACCUGUCCAACUCACUCCAGAUGAUGAUGAUGCUGUAAAGAAGAUUGACCAAUCAGAAUUUGAAGGCUUUGAAUAUAUCAAUCCCCUUCUGAUGUCAGCUGAGGAAUGCGUCUGAUCAGCUAGAAUCUGUGCGUUGUGGCCAGUGUCUCCAACCUUGCAUGUGAACAAGCUGAAAAACAUGAAUGCCUUGCUUUAGUAGCAGAAGCCUUUUCUUUUUAACUCUGCAGCUAGUGGUUUGAGAAAGCUCAUCUCACUCAAUUCUGAUCCAGCAAUUAACCAUAUGAAUACCUGCAAAAAUCUGUUCCAACAAAAACUAGUCUUCAGGCUAAUUGCCCGAGUGUUCAACCACUGCAACUGGAGAGAGAUUACCUGUUCAUUCCUGAUAAUUCCUGCUGACACUACUAACUUGAUGAACAGGAUAUUUUUGUUGGGGAGUAAGUGUUAUCUUAAUUUAUCUAAGAACUGACUUGUUUUUUUCCCAUUGGGACAUUAGGUGGAAGCUAACUUUAAUCUCUUGGUGUUGUAGUAACCUCUCCAUGCAUGAUUUAAGGAUUAAUUUGUUCCCCUAAGACACAUCUGCCAGCCUGUAGUUAGUAGUAUUGCUCAGGGAGAUGACAGCUGAUAACUUUGAUUAAAAAUGCUUUUGCUGGGAAAAUAUUACCCAUAUCCACUGGAAAGGUAUGUCUAAGAUUAGACGAAAAACAUUUCAAGCAUUGCUUCCAAUUACUAAGACAAUGCCAGCAAUAUCAUUUACAGAAACUGGGUUAUGGAAAAACUGAUGGCAUUUAUCUCAUUUGACUAUCAGAUUUUUUAAAAAAUUCAGAACAUCUUGGUACCACACAAAUGAGAAUUAAGAAGAAAAGUGCACAAACGUACUGUGACUAUACUCUUGCCUGCACUGAUGUGGAGGGUGUCUUCUUUAUAUAUAAAUAUGUAUAAACAGCUAAAGUUUUGUUCUGACCACAUCGCAUUGAUUAAGGCUUUCAGACUUGUGCACUGGAGCUGAGCAUCCUGGAUUGUGCAUCAGAUAAGAAACUAUCAAAGCUGUCACUAUUAUACUUCAAUGCAUAAAAAACUAAAUUGUCUUUUCUGUCUCUCUUGCAAUUUGUCAUGGCUAUAGAUGAUGCCAGGAAAACAAAACAAAGCUUUCGUAGAAUUGCUCAAAUAAUUGGAAAUAAAAGAUGUCCCCGUAUUAUUUUUCCUUUGCCUUCUUCUGGAGAAAGAGCCCAUAUUUCCAAAAUAUGUAAUAUUCACUAGUGUUUACUAGAAUCUCUUUGGUUAUGUUCAUGACAUGAAUAAAGUUUCUUACAUUCUUGCCCCACAGCAUAUUCAGACUUCAGUAAUUUCAUGUUAGGAAGCAGAGCAAAGCUCGUAAUGAAAUCCUGAACAAGUCAGUUCAGUGAUAUUCAGCAACUUCACUUGAGGCACUUCCCAUUCCAGAGUUUUUCUGUUUUACAGUAGCACAGAAUGAUCACCAAUUGUCCCAAGUAAAGAAAAUCCCUGUCGUCAUGUUUGAUAAAUUGCAAUUAGAAUUUUAUAUCAGAGAUAAAAUUUCGAUGUAUUUUUUGUUCUGAUCUCUUGUACAACUAAUCACCCAUAUUUUACAUAUUUGUGUUAAUAUGGCUUUCUUUCCCCCUCACCCCAUGAUAUUAAUGUGCUGUAGUGUGUAUAGUUUUGAUUCAUUUUAGACAUGAUGCAUCGUAAUUCAGCUGAAUUUGGGCUGCACUUUCAUCUGGUUGUGAUGAGUUUCUUUUAUGUUCCUGCCUUGUUCACACUCAGUUGCACUUCAGAUUUCAAUAAUUGCAUUUAAUACUUGACAUGGUUACUCAGUUACCUACCUACCUUGAAAGAGAAUUUAUUCUACCAAGUGCUGCAUUAUCCUAAAUGCUGCGAAAAGGGAUGACCACAGACUGAUUUCACAUUCUUCUUCACAAUGGCUGCUAAAGUCAGUGUACAGUUUUUUCCUACUUACCAAGCACCUUGUUUAAAAUAGCUGAAGAAGUUAAAUAUGCAUUUGUUUCUAAUUAUUUUGAAUUCAGGAACUGUUUAUGAUGUUUCGGGGUUCAAUUCAACAAUUCCAUCCAUUGUUCUGUGCAAGUAAAAGCCAUUCUCAUUACUUAUGACCAAAAGUGGCUGCUAUUUGUUGUGCUCAGAGUUUACUUUGAUAAAUAGGUCAAAUUCAGGAGCAUUCCAGAAUUUUGGGGUAUUUGGGAUGCUUUAUUUUGUAAUGAAUAAAACUGGGUUUGCUGAUUGUUGGAGCAUUCUUCCACAGUAAUUAAUGUCAUUGCAAAGAGCACUACUUUUAAUACCUAUCAAUUUGAAAAGCAUGUGUUUGCUUAAGACAAAUUUUGAGAAAUACCAGUGUGUGUGUUUUUUUUAGGAUAAUGGCACUCUUCAAUAUGUUGCAUGUCUCCUGUAAACCUGUCAAGCAUUCUGAAAGGCUGUCAUGGAGACUGUGUACCCUUCUGGUUCCAUGCUCUUUAGUUUUUUUAAGCACUGGUAAUAACACUCUUUUCUGCUUAUUUAUGAGUGUUACAGUGCAGAUGCAGGCAGCCAUCAUAACUUGCACAAUUAUUGCAGUUUACUGUUGUCAAAUUGAAUGCUGGAUAGUAUGGAGCUGCUGGAGCCAGUUGAUAUUUUCCACACUGCUAGAUCAUCAUCCCCACCACCACCAAGCAAAAUAUAAAAGCCAACCAUCCAUCAUGUCCAGUGCCCCCCCCCCCCCCGCAACAAUACAAAAGCCAACCGUCCAUCAUUUCCUACUGAAGGCAGCAAAUCUUGCUGGGGAAUGAAAACUGGGCAUCUUAGCAAACUGAUAUUCUUCAUGUGAAAAAUGGUGACUGAUGGCAAGUUAUUAAAGUAUAAAUUGUGGGAAGCAGUGACCAGUCAUUGCCAUGAUGAAAACAUUAACACUUAUACACCAAGGUGAUGAAAACAGCUGCUUUAAUAUUUAUUUACUUUUGGUUAUUGGAAUGCAUAUCACUUUUUUUUAAAACGUCUGUAAACACGUGACAUAACUACAUAGGUAUUGGGAACAUGCCCAAACUUUCACAAAUUGCAGUCAAAGCACCAUGUUGUUACCCAAAUUUACAGGAGAGUUGAUAAGUUUCUGUAAUAUGAAGAUGUUAUUUUGUAUUUUUGUAGAAAAUGGUUUUUGAUUGUUUACAACUGCCAAGAGCAAGUUCAAGUUCAGUGGUUGAAAAUUUAUUGAGAUUGUGAAACUUUUACGUUCAGAAUAAUUAGUAAAACCAAAUAAGCUACAUCACAUUUUAUACAUGCACUAAGUAUUUAAUUGCUCCAUGUUAUGUUGAUUUUAAAUUGUCCUUGAUCUCUCCAUCCCUCAAAGAAUCUUUAUUGGGUUGAUUUCGACGUAAAAAAUUAAUUUAUGAACUACUUGAUUGGGCAUUUCCAUGAUUUAGGUUACUGGUCAUUCAUUUUCAAUGGGUAAUAUUCCCAUUUAAGGAAUCCAAGUAUUUCUGUGAAGGACCAGAAUCGAUCUACAUGAUCUAAUGCACCAUACUACAACCCAAACAUGACAUAGUGCCUAUGCUUUUAUUGUGUUUAGAAUAUUUGCAAAUUAUUUUUAAUAAAAUUAAAAUGCUGGAAAUAGUUGGCAGAUCUUACAGCAUUGGAGGGAGUUGUGUUUGCAGGUUGUUACUCAGCUGAUAUUACUCAACGCCAAUUUGUAUCAAUUGUAUCUUCUAUCUAACGUCAUUUCCAUUCAGGUUCCUGUAUCGUUCAAAGCAGUAGGAGAGGAAUAAAGUGACUCUUCUAAAUAUUUGUCACCUUUAGUAUUAACUCAUCCCAUUUAACAGACAUAAAGCGUACAGUCACAUUUAUGGUAUGAAGCCUAUUGCUGAUCGUAAUUGGUGAAAUUUGGAAUCAGGAAAUUGAGGAUUUAGCAGGUUAACACUAAGCUUUUCAUUCGUGUUUCUCGGUCAUGGUUUAAAAAUGCAUAAAAUUUGGUUUAUUUAAAUUGGAGCAUUGCAACACUGUCAAGUACACUGUUUCUGGGAUCUGUUACUUAUAACUUUUUCCUGUUAUUGCCCUGCUUAAUGCUCCAGAUGUAUUUUUCAAAUGCAAUUUAAUUUGUCUUCAUCCAGUGCUUUAUUUAUAUGGGGACAUGCAUGUUGAUUUCAGCAGGAGAUUCUGCUGUUUGUUUUGUAACUACUUAGUAAAAACUACUGAUUUGAAUUUCAUAUUGGUAGUGUGAAAGACUAUUUAGUUUUAUGCUGUACUCUGUAAUAAUGUAAUAUCCUGCAUGAAUUCCUUUCAAGUAAAUGUGGGAAAAUAUAGUUUAAUAGAUCCAAUAGCAAGGAUUUGUUCUGAUGAGACCAUAAUUACGUAUAUACGCUGGCACAGAGUUAGGUAAAAAUCUCUGUCAGUUUGUGAAUUGAUAGUGGUGUUUCAGUUUUUUUUAUUAAUCAUAGUGUCUUUCAUUAGGCAAUUUUGAUUUUUUACUAACGUGAUGUCUUAGAUUAAUUCUUAAUAAUCACAAUCAUUUGUUUUACUCUUUAAAAUUGGCAUGUGGCAUCUUGUGUUUUUAGGUCAUUUUGCACUGAAGGAAAUCACUGUUCUCUACUAUCUAUCUAAGACGAAAUUUCAGUCCUGUCUUGUUUUUGUAUUUCACGGUGAGGUUCAUUAUAAUGGAUUAGCUGCUCCUUAGGCUGGGAUGUUCACUUUGUGGUAGUAUACCAGGGAAACAAGUACAAAGAGUCCAAGAAUUAGUUUGUUUUCUUAGAGUAUGGUUUGCACAUUAUUUUGGUGAGGGAGGCAGGAGUAUCAUAUUGGUUUAAUUCAACUUAAUAUAUACAUUUCUUCAAUGAGUUCAAUAAUCCAUUAUAUUGAGGUUGUACAUAAUAAUUGAAUAAUAGAUAAUUGGUUCUGACUUCAGUCGCAUCCACUGUCUAUAAACUCCUGCUCCAGUCCUGCCAUUCCUAUUGUGGCAAUUUCCUGGAGGCACUAAAUUAUUAGCUGAUAUUUGUGCAUUAAAGACCCACUUUAUAGACUUUUAGAGGUUGCAAAUAUGCACAAAUAGGAACUUAUAUUGAUUUUCACUAUUUUCAGUGAAUUAUAGAAAUCUCUCCACAAUGAUUUGAAUGACCGCUCCCUUCCCCCACCCCCCCAGCAAAAUAUUCAUUAAAAUGUUAAUGUUAAGAGUUGUUUUCUCAGCCAUAAAUGUUCUCUAAAUUUAUGUGGGAGUUGAGCUAGCUUCUGCAGCAGCAACAUAUCCCUGAUGAGUUGGUAGACUAUUGUAUUUGCUUGUUCGCUACAUUCUCUGAAUAACUGCUGAAAAACACCUCCAGUAUGAUUUCCAUAAUCUCACUCCUUGAAAGUAAAAUAGUGAAUUCGGGCCGUAAGACUCUAAAAUCUCUGACUUCAGAAGCUGGCUCUUUCUUUUGGCGAGAAAAAGCCCCAGCCCACCAAAGCAGAGUCUUCUUUUCUGGAGUAUUGCAGGGGAGAGAGAAAAUGUGGAAUUUAUCCAGCUAAUUGUCUAAAGAAUGAUUCCACAUACUAAUGUUGACAGUUUAUCAAUCAAUUAUAAAUUGUGGCAAGUAUUCUCUGCCGUAGUUGGACUGCUCUAAUCCGAUAUAGAUUAGAUCCUUGAGCAUAGAGCUGGUGAAUGAGUUUGCUCUGUGCUUUGCAAAGGCAACACGAGUGAACACUGAUUUGUUCAGGAAUAUUGAGUUAUGGAUUAUAUUUUAGUCCUGGUAUGUUAGAAAAUUAGGACUGGGACUUGCAUUGGUGUUGAGUGAAAUUGAAGGUGGUGGGAGGGGAAUAUUAUGAUGCUGAAACAUUUGCUUAAUUACAAUUAUGUAAUUAUAUUAAAUUUAUCACAUCGACACUAUUUCUGCUGCUAGUUCAAUAGUACUCAUUUACACCCUGAGCCAUAAGUAAUCAUGGACACAUAUCUGAUUCAGUGAAAGUUAUAAAAGUCAGGAAUGCAAACAGGCGAUUCUGCAAAGUUCCAGCCAUUCAUUGUGAAACUUCUUGGGGUAUCCAUUUGUAUUUUGCAUUAUAGGUGGAUUUAUUUGAUAGAUGAGCAAAAGAAUUCAGGUUGGAACAGUUACUUUAUCUGUUCUAACUAUAUUGUUCUUUCAAUUACAAUCUCUUUGCCUACCUUUAUUUGGGAUUAACUAAUCAAUUUUUCUUUACUUAUAGAAAAUAUUUUUUAUACUUUUGAUACACCGAGUAACUGCUUUGUUACUGUAGUUUUAUGAAAGUAAAGGAGAUUUAAUGGAAGCAUUAGGAUUCAGAUCAUUACUGAUUUACUGUUUGUUCAUGUGCCAAAAUAUCAUCAAAAAAAGGUUUUUUAAAAAUUGAUAGGAUGGAUGAUUUGUGUUUGUGUUUUUAUAAAGGGAUGUGGGAAAUGAAAUUCAAAAGUAAAUAUGAAGGGAUUAUAAUUCAGUAAUUGCAUACAUUUCACACUCUAACAUCUUUUUAAUGAGGUAUUUUCAAUCUGGAAAAUAUUUAACUGGGAAUUUCAUGUUAAGCAUGCGCAGUCACAGAUUGAUUUGUUAAUUUUUAAAUCCCGCGCAUGCUUGGACAAAGAGUAAGUUAAUGUAGUUGGGAUUUGGAAUUUACCUCAAGCUUGCAUGGCAGCUUAGUCAUUUCUUUCAUCCUUCUGCCAUAGUAAAUAACACUUGGCAUUAUUGCACUGAAACUAAAGCCAUUAAUCUCUUAAUUAUGUCACAGAAAUGAAUACUAUCAAUUUUGUAUAGUGUUAUCAGGUGUGAUCAGGCAGUGGGUGGUAGCAGUUGUUUGAGGUGAGUGUGAUCUUUGUCUUCACUUAACUAUUAUAUAGUAAACUCUUAUGAGGGCACAAAAUUAGAAACUAAGAAUCCUAGCUAGUGUAACUCCCCCGCAACACACUUUCUAACCCUUCCUAUCCCAAUUUGCAGUAACCCUUCACCCCAAUUGCACCUUAAUUCCCAGGCUAAAGUGCACCUGUCUGCAGGAGCAGUUGUAGACAAUGCAGCCCUUUGAGCUUCCUCCUGUAAUUUCAUACAAUUAUGGCUGAGUUUAUCAGUUCUACUUCCAUGCUUACUCCCCAUAUGCCCUUAUUCCCAAACGACCAAAUACAUGUCUGUCUCAAGCGUUGAAUAUACUCAAUAAUUGAGCAUUUGCAACCCUAAACUUAAAAAAAUUCAAAGAACUGUGAAUGAUGGAAAUCAAAAAUAAGAACAGAAAUUGCUGGCAAAACUCAGCAGGCCUGACAACAUGUGUGGAGAGAAAGAGGAGUUAACAUUUCGGGUCCACUGACCCUUCUUCAGAAUUCUUUGAUGGAGAAUUUCAUAGAUUCAUAGCCCUUUCUAUCAAGAAAGUUUUCAGUUUUAAAUGAACCUAAGGCUGUAGUCCUAUCUUUGAAACUCCCCAGUCAGGGGAAGCAACCUCUUAGUUCCUACCCUGUCAAAUAAUUUCAGAAUCUUGUGUUUUUCAAUUAGGUCAUAUCUUGUUGUUCUAUACCUGAAUAUAAACCCUAUGUACAGAUGACCCCUCGUAUCCACGGGUGAUAUGUUCCAAGAUCUACCGCAGAUGCCCGACUGCAGAUAGGAGCAAACUCUACCAUUUAGUGGGAAACUUACCUCCCUGGCAACAUUUAUUUCUGGAAUGUUCCAUAUAAUAUUUCCAGACCACGCUAAACCACGGAUAACUGAAACUGCGGAUACAGGGUUCUACUGUACUCAGUUUGUCCUGUGGCCUGACAGAACCUGUGGUUAUGUCUAUCCCAUGAUUGCUAAUUUCGUCAAAUUGGUUUUGCCAAGGACAGGAAGAAGGAUUUCAUGUCAAAAGAAACCUAUUCAUUUAAUUGACAUUUAAAAUUAAAGCUGCUACCUAAUCUUAUCAUCCUGGUACAUGUGAUUUUUUGGGAAUGGGGUGGGGGGGGGAAAUACAACUUCAAACUUAACUGUAACAUUUGUCAUCCAUGAGUUACCAGAUCUGCCCCUUUAUGUCAUGCAAAUCAGAACUGGGCCAUAUGAUUUGGUAUGUCCGAUAGCUCUCAAAUCUGUACACUUAAACUUGAGAAUUUUCCAUUUCUUUAGUUGUUCGCUCAAUUUCCCACUUGAAGUGAAUCAUAAACUGACCAGUGCAAAAGUGAAUUAUCUCAGCCACCUUCUAUCACCCAAUGGGAAAUUCAUAAGGUUACAAAUAUACCCAUAUCCGAUAUUAUCUGACAUCUUAUGCUAGCUAUAAUUUGUAGCUUUGCAUGAAACAUUAUCUGUAUGCUGGUGUCAGCUUCUAAUUCACCAUUAAUAAGAAUGAUGUUGAAAAUUAAAUCAAAAAGACAACUGCACUUUCCACAUGUUUGUUUAAAUCUUUACUUUUAAGAUUAUUGCAUGUACCUGUGAUGUCAGUCACUUAAUUUGAUGUUCAAUCUAAUACAAAAGCAAUAGUGCUUUCUGAAAUAGUUUUGCAUUACUUCCAGCCUGCACUAACCUCUGAUUCCAAUAUAAGGGUCUCAGGGGAAUCAUCAAUAAAUAUGCAGAAACCUGUGAUUAAUUUUUACUUGGAUUAUAGUUCUUUACCUCCGUACUAAUGGCAGCUGUCAGAAAUGUGUAUUUUAAUUAUUGCUGUUAAUGGCUUUAGCACUAGUGUAUUGGAUUUUAAAAUUUUCUACCUUGUCAUUUAACUCAACUUGUGUUAAAACAUAAUUUGGACAAGAGAGGAGUUCUCCAUUUGAGAAUGAUAUUUGAAAUUUUGAUUUGAAUGUUUAUACUCCAGGCUUGUUUAAGUGAAUUUGUAUUGAAGUCUUCAGAGAUUGUACUAAUUUGUGACUUUACAAGAUAAUCCUGUAACGGAUUUAUAGCAACAAUGAGCAAUAAUUUGUUCCAGUUCAGGGUUACAUACCUGGAAUUGCCAAGAGGUAACUACAACUCUCUUUAAGCAUAAAUUAAGUUUUCGUAGUGUAACUGCACCAUGGGUUUUUCGAGUACAGGUUCCCUGUGUGAUUGGUUUGACCGGUUCAUGAACUUUCUCUUCAGCUGUUAAGUGAUUCCUUAAGUUUGUUUAUAAGAAAACUUUGGUGAAAGAAAUAUUGCCACCCUCAGCUCUUGUAAGUUUGCUGUUUUAUAUGUUCAGCAUGUGCAGAACUGCAGCCUAUUUGUGAUCUGAGAUUAGUAUGUGGGGAACUGUAAUGCUGUAAAUAUUUUCAAUUAGGCCAUAUUUUUUCUUCUGUGUUGUGCUCCUGUGGACCUUUAAUGUCCGUUAUUUUGAUUUUACUUGCAUCGCUUUAUAUGUUUCUUUAUGUUAGAGUGUACAGAUGGAGCAGGUGCAGCAGAGGUGAAAUUAGAUCUUGUAAUAAUGUUGCCCUUUUUAACACAUUUUUAAAGACUUUGGAACAUGAUUUUUGGGUAAACGUCACAACAUGUUUGUUCUUUGUACUUUAUGUAUUCACUGAUUUAAAAAUCUUCUCAAAACUUCUGCAUUGGUGCAAAUCAUGUUUUAAAUUGAUGCAGUGUGCUGCAUAUGUUAACACUAAAUGCCAAAUACUGUCAUAUACAUUCCUGAAUGUGGCAGAAUAUUGUAUGGGUUUUUUUAAAAUAAAGAUUGUGCAAAAUAAA